CAUGCUCUCCUUUUAUUUAUAAACUCUUGGUGUAAAAUGGAAAGAGAGCGAGUAAAAUGUUAUCUCGUGAACUUUUCUCACUGCGUGCGUCGCGAUGAGGCAGUCGGAAGAGAGUUUUCUCCCAUUCAGCAUCUCUUUUGCCUCAUUCGUGUGCGAAAUGUGAAUGGAAGAGGCUGUGAAUCCCUAUCGAGACCACGAAAGUGCUAUUUAACUCCACUUGAACUAGAAAAAAAACGUUAAUUUUCGUGAUAACAAAAAUUGUUGCUUCCACUUUGGAUGUUGACUGUGGAUUUGUGAGGGCGCAGAGAGUUGUUGGGGCCCCCAAUUGACCCUGGGUGGAAGAGACAAGAGUUGGGGUUGUGAGAUUACGACGAAGUUGUGUAUUGAAAAAGGUGUUAGCCAUGUCAGUGGAUGAGAGUGUUGGUGAGGAAAUUGGCGGUAAAAUGUGUCCCAUGAAACUCAUUGAGGAGUUAUCAUACGCCGGAACGGAUUCCAUACAAUUACAGCAAGUUGUGAAUCAGUAUUUAAAGGACGUAACAGGAGCUCAUGUGGCUUUUCUCAUGCCACUUAUUCCUACCAGUGAAGAGGGUCUUCUCCAGGUAGUCGGAGGACGAGCAUUGGAUAAAGAAAUUCGAUUUUCGGUAACAUCAUCCGAUAUUGAAAAUUUUUCAAAGAGUGGAUUUCCCUUUUCUGUCAAUAAUCAGCACAAUGAUUUUUCAGAGAUGAUUGAACAGAUCAUUGGAAGGGAUAAAAAUAUCCUAUUUUUCGGCAUAAAACACCCUAAAGUGAAUUCCAUGAGCAAUGAACAUCAAAUUGCGUUAUUUGUGAGUUUGGUAAUUGAGAGUGAAAAUGACGAAAGUAAUCCAAUCCAGCGAGAGAAAUACGAGAACAGUAUUCAGAAAGUAUUUAGCUAUAUUCUUGGACAUCUGCUAACUGCUUUUGAGUUGUUCGAGGAAAGGCGUGUAAGGGGUCAAUGUCAGAAUCUUCUAAGGGUUGCUCGACGUCUUCUCGGGAAAAUUGGUGACUUGGGAAAAUUGAUGAGGGGAGUAAUGGCCGAAGCUAAGGACUUGGCUCAAGCUGAACGAUGUUCCCUCUUCCUCAUUGAUAAAUACACGGGGGAACUGGUGUCAAAGGUUUUUGAUGGCAAUGAAGCUACAGAAGAAUUUCGCAUUGAAAAUGGCCAAGGAAUUGCUGGUCAUGUGGCCAACACGGGAAAACUGUUGAAUAUCAGAAAUGCCUAUCAGCAUUCACUUUUUUAUAAAGGCGUAGAUGAAGUCACUGGAUUUAAAACCAGAAACAUACUCUGCUUUCCGAUCUGCGACGAGGAAAAUAUAAUCGGUGUUGCUCAGUUGUGUAAUAAGGCAAAUGGUUUUCAUUUUGAUAAAUGCGAUGAAGAAAUUGCCACAGCAUUUUCAAUUUACUGUGGCAUAAGCAUAAUGCAUGCAUUAGUUCAUGAACGUGUUCAAAAAGCUGAAGCUCGCCAUAAACUGUCACAAGAACUACUUCUUCAUCAUAUGAAGGUACCGGAAGACGAUGUCAAGUCAAUUUUGCAAGAUAUGCAAACAUCCCGCAAUAAGAUAGAUUUCAAUGAAUUCACUUGCUUCACCUAUUGUCCACGCGAAAUUGACAAAAAUGCAUCAAUUCACAUGUCUUUUGAAAUCUUUAGCUAUUUGAAGCUUGUGCACAAAUUCAAAAUACCAAAAGACAAAUUUCUGCGGUUUCUGCUUCUUGUGCAAAAAGGCUACAGAGAUAUGCCAUAUCACAAUUGGACGCAUGCCUUUUCUGUGACACAUUUUGGAUUUUGCCUCUUCAAUAAUUUAAAACUACUGGAAAAUGGAAUUGUAACGGAUCUUCAAGCACUGGCAUUUUUAAUAGCGUGUUUGUGCCAUGAUUUGGAUCAUCGUGGAACAAAUAACUCCUACCAGAAGCAAUCCAGAAGUCCGCUAGCAAAGCUUUACAGCUCUGAAGGGAGCGUCAAUGAACGUCAUCAUCUAUCUCAAGCUAUUUGCAUUUUGAAUGAUGCAAAUUGCAAGAUACUCGAUUCGCUGGACAAUAGUCAAUUUAAGGAGUGUAUUGAUGUGAUUGGUGAAUUAAUAUUAGCAACAGAUCUUGCGCAGCAUUUCCGCAUUCUUGCAAAUUUGCGUCAAUUGACACCGGAGAAUCUCAAAGAGAAGCCUAUGCACCUACUAUCCCUUAUGAUGACCUGCUGUGAUUUAAGUGAUCAAGUUAAGCCCUGGCCCACCACACAAAUCGUAGCUGAACUCGUGUAUGCAGAAUUCUUUGCACAAGGUGACCUGGAGAAGGAAAUGGGACUCUCCCCUAAAGAAAUGAUGGAUCGUCAGAAGGCUUGCAUUCCAGAAUUGCAAAUUGAAUUUAUUACAACAGUUGUGAGACCAACAUUUGAAAUUUUGGCAAAUAUUUUCCCAACUAUCAACAUUUGCCUGGACACCAUCGACAAUAACCGAAGAAAUUGGGAAAUUCUGAGGGAUCAACAAUCUCAAUACUGUCUCAGUCCUUAGGAAAGGAAAGCAAGACACCUUGAGACAUUUAUCAUAAAACUGUAUUGUGAUGUUCUGUUUGGCUUUUUUCUUAGAACAGAACUAAAAAGUGAUCAAUUGAUAGAAUCUAGAGAUUUUCUCUUUUAAAUAUUUCAACUUAAGGUAAACUUGAAGGAGCAAUGAAAUUUUGGGACUCAAAGAAAUUGAUGUAGAAAUGCAUUUUUUUCAUUUUUUUUAAGCUUCAUUUUAUUCCUCUUCACAGAAAACACUUUAAAUAGCUUAACACAAUUUUAUUCUUUUGUGUAUUCUCACUGGGCUAGAGGUUUAUGUACUUUUUCGAUAGGGGGUAAAAUUUGUGGUUUCAAUCUACGUAAGCAAAUACACUUAACAUACGCUAAAGAUUAUUGGUUUUUCUUCGCACACAACGAAUGUUUAAAUGUCUUUUUUCUUAAUUUCAAUAAAUAUUUUUUCAUCUCAUUUUAAAAUUAUUCUUUUGUGGACAAUUUUGGUCACUAACAUCACACUAAUUCCAAUUAAUGUCUUAGAUAUCGCCAAAAAAAAUCAGCCAAAAAAUAACAAUUCAAUCAAAAUUAAUAUCGGUAAAAUUAUUCAAAAAAAAAAUUAUCAUAAAAUUAGAUAUUUCUUCAAUAAAACAAAAAAAAAAUGAACUAAAAAAUGUUUAAGUCACAAUGCAUAAAUUCAAAACCUUCAAUAUUGUAUUAUCACAAUUUCCGAAAAUUUGAAUAUCAAUUUAUUGUUUUUCAGUUACUGUAAAACCGUAAAAAAUGCAAUAUUGCAAAGACAAAGAAAUAAUAUUAAAACCAUAAAAUGUACUUAAUGAAAACUUUGAAAAGGAAAUAUAAAUUAAAUAGACAAAACAAAAUUAAAAAAAAAAU